AAAAUAUUACUCAUAAAAAUCGAGACGAAAUGCAUGAUUAUUUGAUAGCCGACCAACACAUCAUCUAUAUUAGUGCAUGAAUAUUAUUGUCUGAUCUGUUUUGAGGUAAAUUGAUCCGCAAUUCACUGUUAUCCACAAUUUUUUCUUUCUUUGUUUUGUGUGUGUUUUCCAUCUCCUCCUCUAAUUUUUGUUGUCUUACAAGAGGAAGAAAGAAGGAGAGAGAGGGGCAGAGGGAAAAUAAGAGAAGCAUCUCAUUGCAAAAGGAAAUUGAAUCCCAUCCCUCUCCCUACCUCCCUCUCUUCAAUCUUCUUUCUUUAUCAUAUAUAUAAUCAUGGCCACUUUCGGAGGAACCCAGCAAAAGUGCAUGGCAUGUGACAAGACGGUCUACCUUGUUGAUAAGCUUACCGCCGAUGGCCGUAUCUUUCAUAAGGCCUGCUUCCGUUGCCACCAUUGCCGGAGCACCCUUAAGCUGAGCAACUACUGUUCUUUUGAGGGGGUGCUGUACUGCAGACCACACUAUGAUCAACUCUUCAAGAGAACUGGUAGCUUAGACAAAAGCUUCGAAGGAAUUCCCAAAGUCCAGAAAGAAAGACAGCCCUCUGAAAUUGAGAGAAGUCCUAAACAUAUCUCAAACGUGUUCGUGGGCACCACAGACAAAUGUGUUUGUUGCAAAAAGACAGUGUAUCCCACUGAGAGGGUUACAAUUAAUGGGACUCCUUACCAUAGGGGCUGCUUCAAAUGUACAUAUGGAGGUUGCACUAUAAGCUCAUCAAACUUUGUUACACAUGAGGGGAAGCUCUAUUGCAAACACCAUCACAUUCAACUCUUCAAAGAGAAAGGGAAUUACAGCCAGCUCGAGAAUGACGUCAACACCAUUGCUAUUUAAUUUUGCAGGAAUAUAAUCUUGCCACUGUUUUGUAUGAUGGAUAUGCAUGCUGCUCUAAUUUAAUUUAUUUAUUACAAUUAUUAAUUUUGUAUCGCUUGAAAAAAAAUACAUGUAGUGCUUUGUGUGGAUUUGCUAUACAAGCAUCUUAAUUGCUGUGACUGUGAUGCUUUCAGCAUUUUCCCCCCUCAAAAUGAGUACUAGAGUAUGCAAAUGUCAUUACUCCUUGUGAUAAU